UUCGCUUUCGUUAUCUUCGGUUCAAAACCAGUUGAUCAGGUUGAAUCGUGCAGUACAGAGGUCGACAGCUCACUAUACACAGAUCACGGUUUUCGUUGCUGUUUGGAGAUUUACUAGCAGUCAUGUCAGAGGAGCCAAUGGAAGUAACUCAGACUGCUUAUCAGCAGACUAAUUUGUCAACUGGCACUGAUCAAGAUAUGGUGGAUGUAAGUCAGGGUUCUAAUGAUCAGGCCCAGUCUUCAUUAAGCAGUACUGAUCCUCAUCUGAUGCAAAACAAUUUUCUGCUUUCUAAUACGGACUUACAUGCAGCAGGACCUGGAGGUCAGACAUCUGACCCACCUCCGAAUGACAUAACGCUUCAAAACACAGACUUAUAUACAGCAAGACCUGGAGGUCAAACAUCUAGCCAACCUCCGAAUGACACGACGCUUCAAAACACACAGGUCCUAACUGCUCAGAUGACACAGUCCGGUCACUUUUUUAAUAGUCAGCAGGCCUUGUCUUCAUCGAGCAGUGAUAGUCAGCAAAACCAUCAAUUUUCUAAUGCUCAGUAUUACAGUCUACCUGUAGUCACUCAACCCACCAGCAUCAGCAAACAAGACUCUCCCGUAAUGGGGCAUAAUAAGCAGGCCUUGUCUUCAUCGAGCAGUGAUAGUCAGCAAAACCAUCAAUUUUCUAAUGCUCAGGACUAUAAUGCAGAAGGUGGUGAUACUCAAGACUCUAGACAACAUCUGGAUCAAAAAAACAUUGAAAACAUCACAACGGAUCAAACAAACAAAUCAGACUCACAGGCAGGAAAGGAUUCGGAUCACAUGAAGCAUCAGAACAGCACAACGGAUCAAACAAACAAAGCAGGCUCACAGGCAGGAAAGAACUUGCAUGCAAGCAGUGCUGAAGGUCAAGACUCUAUAUCAUCUCUGGAUAAACAGAUGCCUCAAGAUAUCGAAAUGAUUAAAAGAAACAAAUCAGAUUCACAGCCAGAGAAGGAUGCUUGUAAAAAUGGUGAUGUAAACACAACCCAAUCACAACCCCAAGAUCCACAGGAUGUUACUACAUUUAAAAUCAAAGUGACCUGGCCAGAACAUUUUUCGGAGAUACGGGGAACAAAAUUACAGAUGGCCCUUCAGAGCUGGUUUUCCAAAAAUGUGUCUGUCAAAGUGUCUAUCGAAAAAAUUAAACUCAUGAAGGAUCCACACUGGGCAGAGGUGCAGAUAACACCACCAACAGCUCUAGAAACUUUAAAAAAACACAAGACUGCAUCUUUGAAUUUUAAACAUGAAAAUAUGGAUGUAACCGCACAAAUUUAUACGGAUGAAGCACAUUCUGGGACUGUAUCACAAAACACCUUCAAGCCAGACAAGAACAGAAUUCCAUCAUCACAGAUUAGGAAUUCUACGCAUGUGACUUAUGCAGAAUCUGAUGACACAAACAAUGGUGGAGAUGUUCCUGCAGCAAAUUUUGCUCCAAAUGAAGCUAAGAGCACAGCUCAGAUGGCAGCUGGACUCAAUGUCCCCCUCUUUCAGUUCUGGUACUUUCAUCAUAUUUACAGAAAGGAGGUGGAGCAAAUUGAGAAACAGCAUGGAGUCUCAAUUGAUUCAGAUGUGUCAGUCUCAAUCAGUCCAACCAAAGGCUCAAGCCCUGAUUGUGUGUCUAAAGCCUCUGAUGAUUUUCAGAAACUUAUCAGUAAAUGUGUGGAUGAUUUUAGUUAUGUUGACAUCAGUCAUAAUGACAUGGACUCAACUAUUGUGAAAGAGACUCUGCGUAACAUCCAUUCAGAGAAGACAAAGAUUAUGUUGACCAGGUCUGCCAAUAAUUGCAUGUUCUUUGGACCAAGGAAACUAAUAGAAAUGAUUAAAAGAGAGGUGGGGACAACGAGACUGGAAAGCAAACUCGAUGAAAGUCAAAUAGAUGUAGACAACAACAUUUCUCCACAAAGCAAGUCUUCAUUGGACAUGGACACUGAGGACCUUCCUUCUCACCUUGAGAUGAGCAAGGCUCAUUGGGAUUUGAUGAAUCUUACUUACACGGAACAAAUAUCACAGCUUGAAACAAAGUAUGGAGUGUCAUUUCAGAAAGAAAACCUGCAGAGCAGUUUAACCAUUAAGGUUCAAGCCCGAUCCAAAGAAGGUCAAUAUAUUAGUCUUGAAAGUCAUGCCAUCAGAGCUUUAACACAUCUUUACCAGAAACUUGCUUCAGCCACUGUCAGCUGUAAACUCACAAAACCCACAUAUGAAACUCUUGUUGCUCCAAUGGUAGAGAAACUUCAGCAGCAGCAUUAUUGUGUUGUUGCAACAGAUGUAUUCAGUUCCUGGAAGCUUGUUGGACUGCCAGAACAUCUCGGUCCUGCCAUUGCUGAUAUUGAGAAGAAACUUCAGAUGAAGGUGUUUAAUAAUGAGAUGAAGAAAUUGAUUGGAUAUUCAGGUGACAUCCCUCAUGUAAGAGGAAUCAAAUGGAAUCAGACGCCUGGUUAUGAACCAGGAGCAGUGAGUGGAGCAGCAUGGGAUGAGAGAGUACAUUUGAGGAGUCAAAGUGAAGCAGUUACGGGAUUUAGUGAAGAAUCAGAAGGAAAUUCUAGAAAUGACAGUAAAGGUGCUCAUGCUGAGGAGGAGACAUGUAUUAUUUGCAUGGACAGUUUCACCAACAAAGGAAAACUAAAAUGUGGGCAUGAAUUCUGUGGGGAAUGUAUAAGGAUGUCAGUGGAGAGUCUGGGACCCAUCUGUCCUGUGUGUAAGGAAGUGUUUGGGAAAAUGGAGGGGAACCAACCAAAUGGAGCAAUGGAUGUAAGACAAAUGAGACUGAGUCUCCCUGGAUAUCCACAAUGUGGCACUAUUGAAAUCAUAUACAGCAUACCCAAUGGUAUUCAGACGAAGAAGCAUCCAAACCCGGGAAAGCCUUUUCAUGGGGCAGUGCGUUAUGCAUACUUGCCUGACAAUCAUGAAGGAAAUGAAGUACUUGCACUGCUGCGGAGGGCUUUUGAUCAGAAAUUGAUCUUUACUGUUGGGACCUCUACAACUUCAGGUGUAGAGAAUGCUGUCACCUGGAAUGACAUUCAUCAUAAGACCAAUAUAUCUGGUGGACCUCAAUGUUAUGGCUAUCCAGACCCUGACUACCUGAAGAGAGUGAAGGAUGAGUUGAAGGCCAAAGGCAUUGAAUGAGGAUUUUAUUUAUAUGUCCCCAAAUGCACAUCUAAGCCUAAUAUUUACAAAUAAGCAAUUUAUUGAUUAUUAUAUCAUAAUAUACAAAAGUUUACAUACCCUUGAAUCUUAAUACUCUGUGUUGUUUCCUGGAUGAUAUAUGACUGUUUUAAUGUUUUGUGAUCGUUGUUCAUGAGUUCUUUGUUUGGAGGGUCAUUUGUAAUUUUGAAAAAACAUUGGUAAAACUUUACAAUAAGGUUUCCAGUUGUCAACCAUAUGUAAUGCAUUAAAGAGUUUAUUCACCCAAAAAUAAAAAUUAGCCCAUUAUGUACUCACCCUCCAGGCAUCCUAGGUGUAUAUGGCUUCCUUCUUUCCUAAAUCGGAGUUACAUUAAAAAUUAUCCAGGCAUUUCUAUUGUGUUUCUCUUCAUCAUUCUAAAACAAGUCCAAUAAAGAGCAUGCAUCCAUAAUAAAAAGUGCCUCACGGCAACAGGGGGUGAAUAAAAGCCUUCUGUAGCGAAUCGAUGGGUUUUUGUAAGAAAAAAAAAUCAUAUCUAAAACUUAAUAUUCACUUUAAUCUAGCUUUUGCUAACAGUCGUACACAGAAACAGCUCCAGGCAGAUGACGUAGGACGUCGACAUUGCGCAUGUGCCUGUAAGACUCGUAAAACCAAAGUUAAACCACAGGAGCAAAGGAAGCAAUGUUUCCUUACUUUAUCAAAGGAAAACCAGUCUCCUCUUGGUUUACAUCGAAAUCCUCAUUUUGAACUUCUAAUUCAGGACCGGUGCUUUGUUUUCCUUUCUCCACGUCCUUGACGUCCUACAUCAUCUGCCUAGAAGCGCUUCCAUGUACGAGCAGUUGGUGCAAGCUAGAUUAAUGUGAUUCUUACGUUUUAAAUAUGGAUACUUUUCUCCAAGUGCCAGGAUAAUUUUUAAUAUAAUUGUGAUUACAUUCGUCUGAAAGAAGGAAGUCAUUUACACCUAGGAUGCCUGGAGAGUGAGUAAAUAAUGGGCUAAUUUUCAUUUUUGAGUGAACUAACCCACUAAACUAAACUAACAAUGAACAAUACAUUUGUCACAGUAUUUAUUCAUCCCAACUAUUAAUUGUUAGUCCAUGUUAGCCCAGGUUCAUUAGAUGUAUAUUAUUAAUAAUUUUAAUAUUAAUAUAUGUUCAUGUUAAUAUUAAUAUUGAAAUUAAUAUACAUUAAUAGAUACAACUUUUAAUAAUGCCUUAGUAAAUGUUGGAAUGAACUAAGAUUAAUAAUAUAUAAGUAUUUUCAUUGUUAGUUUGUUAACUAAUGUGGUUGACUAAUGUUAACAAAACCCUAUUAUAAAGUGUUACCAAAACCUUUUUCACUGGGUCUAGAUACUUUUGCCAGGCUCCAUAUACAGUUGUGGUCAUAACUUUACAAACAACUUGCAGAAUCUGCAAAAUGUUGAUUUUAACAAAAUAUGAAGGAUCAUGACAACAGGAUGACAAUGUGUACAUUUUUCUUAUUUUGUUUAAAGAUCUUUUUUUUCCAUUUAGUACAGUCCUUCAGAAGCUACAAAAAAUACUUACAUGUUUCACAGAAGAAAGAAUAACCAUGAUAAUGAUAAACCUAUUGCAGAUUCUGCAAGGUGUGUGUAAACUUACGACCACUCCUAUAUAUAUAGAUAUAGAUAUAGAUAUAGAUAUUUUUUAAUUAUGAUAAUGGGUUUAAAUAAUGUUCAUCUGUAAUUAAAUGUUUUAGUCUGGAGUUGUCUUGUGAUUUUCAUGCUUAUACACAGCAAAUAUGAAGUGUGAAGCAUAUUAAGUGGCACUCCUGAUUUUUAAAUUUAAAUGUUAUUAAAGUUUAACAUAAAUUUUAGUUCAUAUGAAAAUGUGUAACACCACAUUCUCUCAGAGAAAUCAAUCUGCCAGUGGUUUACUGAAAAAGUUGCCUUUGCAUAAAGUUAAAUGUAUUCCAUGCAAAACAUGACAUGCUUAACUAAAUCUUUCACAAGCUGCCCUUAGAAAUACUUUCAUGUUGCUUUUACUUUUAAAAUGUAUGCUUUUUUCUUAGUACAUCCUCUCAUAAUGUAGCUCUUGUGUUCAGAAAGCAAAUGAUAACUGUAUCUCCCAUCAAAUUUGAAUGAUUAAUCAUGUUUUGUUGUUGACAUAAUUUUUGGACAAGUCGUCAUACUGUAAAUAAAACAAAUCAACUUUAAAUAUUUA